AUGCCUCGACUCCCCGGCCGCGCGGCGCUCCCCCUCUGCGUGGUGCUGCUGACCGCGCUGCUGGCCGCGGUGCGAGCGCUCCCCCUGCGGAAGCCGCGGGGCCCCGGCUGGAGCCACGUGAGGCUGGCGGAGGUGAGCGGCGCGGCGCGGGCUGCGCGGCUAUGGGUCCCUGCUCCCCCGGCCCCCAGCUCUGGCCGCGCGGGGAGCAGGACCGGGACGCGAGUGGCGGCCCCCGAGUGCGAGGGGCGGGACCCCCGGACGUCGGCGGGCAUCGGGCGGUGGCCAGGUGCGCCGGACCUGCGGAAAACACCCCCGGGCUGUGAAGCAGAUGCCAGUAGCACCCCCUUCCCCGCCCCAGCUAUGACAACUACAAAUGUCAUUGCCAAAUGUCCGAAGAUGAAACCUGGUAUUUGUGCCCAGGAGGCUGGGGCAUCUAAAUCAGCUAGAAAGGCUGCAGACCCUGAACUGCUGCUGCCCCAAGUCUCGGCCUCCCCAGACCCCAGCUCUCCUAGAGAAGAGGAGACCCCUCUGCUCUCCAGAGCCCACCUCCAGGCAGGGCUGUGCCGACACAGACGCUGGGCUCUCACUGAGCCAGCAGCCCUGACCCUGGACAAGACCUCCUUGCCCGGGACCCUGGAGGACGCUCCCUUGCUGCUGGAGCUGCAGAAGCUGCCGGGAUUGGCCAACACAGACUUGAGUGCCCCAAACCCCAGUAUCCAGGUGACCAUCGAAGUGGUGGAGGACCCCCAGUCUGAGGUGGAGAUGGACCUGCUGGCUGAGCCUAACAAUCGCUGGUCCCAGGGGGCCCCCAGCUGGCUGCCUGCCAAGGAACUCUUCUGGCCCCUAUUCUGGGGCUACCUGGAGGGCGAGGAAGGGAGGCCCAGUCUCAAGGGCAGAGCCCCAGGGGAAGAGGAGGAUUACCCUCCAGAGUACCAUGAGAGUGAGGACCAAGAGGACCACGACGAGGAAGAUGACGAUGACCAAGAGCAUGGGUUCAGUGGGGCCGCAGGAGGCUGGGAGCGGGGCUGGCUGCCCCCCGGGGACCGGGCCUUCAAGGAGCCUGAUAGCUCUGGGGCGUCCUGGCCCGGGCCGUAUCCUCCCAAGGAAGGGGUGCCUUCUGCUAAUUCGCACCAAGGCACCCCAUGGGCUCCGCUCCCUCACCCCUGGCUCCCUGCCUUGACGCAGACUCGGCUUCAAGAGGAAUGGAGCCCCUGGUUUCCCUGCAGUGGGAGCUGCGGCAGUGGCAGCCAGCAGAGGACUCGGCCCUGUGGCUACGCCUGCACUGCCACCGAGUCCCGUGCCUGCGACCUGCCCCCCUGUCCUGGCGCUGAGGACAAGGACCCCUUGGGCUUCCCCAGUGAGGGGUGGCAGCCCCUGGCCCACAAUGCUACGGACAUGCUCAGCCCAGAUGUGGACAGCUGUGAGAAGUGGCUGAACUGCAAGAGUGACUUCCUAGCCAAGUACCUGAGCCAGGUGCUGCGGGACCUGCCCAGCUGCCCGUGUGCAUACCCACUGGAGGCCAUGUCCAGCGCUGUGAGCCUGCAGGAUGAGCACCAGGGCCGCAGCUUCCGGUGGAGGGAUGCCAGCGGCCCACGUGAGCGCCUGGACGUGUACCAGCCCACAGCCCGCUUCUGCCUGCGCUCUCUGCUGUCCGGGGAGAGCAGCACGCUGGCCGCCCAGCACUGCUGCUACGACGCGGGCAGCAGGCUGCUGACCCGAGGCAAGGGCGCCGGCGCGCCCGAUCUCGUCAGCACCGACUUCUCACCCGAGCUGCACUUCAAGGUGGACACACUGCCCUGGAUCCUGUGUAAGGGGGACUGGAGCCGCUACCACGCUGUGCGGCCCCCGAACAAUGGCCGGGCCUGCACGGACAACCCCCCUGAGGAGGAAUACCUGGCGCAGUUGCAGGAGGCCAAGGAGUUCUAA